AUGUUCAAGCUUACGCUCUGCCUGUUCGCCGCCCUGAUGCUGGCCACCGUCUAUGCGGAUAACAUCAACAAAGAUGCCGUGACCACCCGCGAGGAUUCUAACCCGGCCGAUAGUGAGGGCAACUACAAUUUCGCCUUUGAGACGAGCAACGGCAUCCAGGCCCAGGAGGCUGGAAAUGCAAAUGGUGUAAGUGGCAGCACGAACUACGUGUCACCCGAAGGCAUCCCGAUCUCGCUCACCUAUGUCGCCGACGAGAACGGCUUCCAGCCGCAGGGCGCUCAUCUGCCCACUCCUCCCCCAAUUCCGGAGGCCAUCCUCCGCGCCCUGGAGUACAUCGCCGCUCAUCCCCCGCAGCAGUAA